CUCUGGCGAAAGCUAAGAGGUUUCGGUUACGGUCUCCAUCUCCGAUCAAAUCACGAAGUUUCUAUCGGAAAUUUUCAGUGAUACAUACCGUCAGAGAUUUUCUUUACGAGAGAAUUGUCGCCGACAUACUAAAGCAGAGUUUUGGGUGGGAAUUAGGUAAAUAUCUUAUUGGUUUUGUUCUGUGCCGAUAUGCAGAUUUGUGUUCUUCGUUUGAAUCCUUCAUCUAUUCUUGAACCAUUCGAUUUAAGUUUUUGACGGCGAAGAUUAAACAACUCUUAUCUAUCUCUUUUUUGUCCUUUUUUGCGCCGGAAGGGUAAAGUGGUCUUUGUGAGAUAGACGCUGACCUGGUCUUAAGUGUUGACAAAUGACGCAUUUACUCUUCGACUUUAUAAAGAGUUCCAAGGGUAUUUUAGUCAUAAAUGAGAAAUAAUUUUAGUCUUUCUCGCUUGAGAAACAAGCCAAGAAUCUCCGUUUUCUAAAUCUUUCGAUAUUGUCAAUUUCCCUUUAUUUUCUCGACGGAAUCAUAAAUAAAAACCCUAAACCUAAAGUCACAAAUUCAUUCUUCAUCUGUUAUUCACGAUUUGUGUUGUCUUUUCUUUUGCAGUAAGAUUUCGACUUUGGAAUUGGGAGAUCUUUCCAUUAUGGGUUCUGAGCAAAACGACAGCACAAGCUUCUCUCCUUCAGAGCCAAAGCUCUGCGUCAAAGGAUGUGGCUUCUUCGGAUCUCCAUCGAACAUGAACCUCUGCUCUAAAUGCUACAGAGACAUCCGAGCCACGGAGGAACAAACCGCUUCCGCUAAAGCCGCCGUCGAGAAAUCUCUAAACCCUAAUAAACCCAAAACUCAACCACAACAGAGCCAAGAAAUCACUCAAGGCGUCCUCGGAUCUGGAUCGUCUUCCUCAUCAACGAGAGGGGGUGAUUCGGCUGCUGCUCCGUUGGAUCCACCGAAAUCGACGGCUACGAGAUGCUUGAGCUGUAACAAGAAAGUUGGCGUGACGGGUUUCAAGUGUAGGUGUGGAAGCACUUUCUGUGGAACUCAUAGAUAUCCAGAGAGUCACGAGUGCCAAUUCGAUUUCAAAGGAGUUGCGAGAGAAGCUAUUGCUAAAGCUAAUCCUGUGGUGAAGGCUGAUAAGGUUGAUAGGAUAUGAAUUGGUGAAGAAACUGUUGUGUUCUCUUUUGUUUUUUUAUUUUCAAGUCUCGUGAUGUUGGUGGUUUGGCUCUCUGUUUUCUGCUCUUAUUAUGGUUUUAUUUGCUUUUAGGGUUUCUUAGGAAAGGCCUUAGAUUCUGCUAUUAUGUGGUUUCAUGUUUUGCAACAUUGGAUUUGUUGUUCUGUAAUAAAGUGUUGGUUAUAUUAUGAAAUUGUGUUCUUAUUGGUACCAGCUUACUUCUUCUUACUUGGAGAAGUUGAAUUGUUUGCAGAUAUAGGAUUCUCUUGGUUAUGAGGCUUAUGAACUAGUUGGGGGUCGUAAAUAGCUUAUGGUGGAUAAAAGUGUGUAGCUUGAUAGUUCUGAAACUAAAGAUGUCGUAUAGAGCUUAUGGUGGA